ACCCAGCGUUUCUGGCAGCUUGGUUGCUAUCCAACAACAAACUAGAAAAUUGAUCACUUCUGCUCGUCGCACUACUCUUGGAAAUGGAAAGUAGUUUUUGAGACAUUUGUGAAAAUCCAAGCGUCUCACCCAAUCAAUCACAAUGGCAGAUGAGCCACCAAAGAAAGAUGGAAAGAAGAAGCUGACCAAGGCUGACAAGGAGAAGUUGAAGCGGGAGGAAGCUGAACGCAAGGCACAGGAGGAAGAGGAAGCAAGGCUUCAAGCUGUGGAGGAAGAAAAGAAGAAGAAGCAGCAGGAGAAGCUUGAGGCAGCGGAGAGGAAGAAAUUGGAAAAUGAGGAGAAGAAAGUGAGGAAGAUCCAGAUGGCGGAACUGGUGGACAUUCUACAGGGGAACCGGAACAAUUUACAGAGACUGCACGAUGACCGCAGGAAGAAGGCCAAGUGGGCGCGGUACAUGAGAUGUGAUGGCUCCCCAGACCCCACCAUCCCAGGAGAGAUCAACACCUACAUCAACCUCCGAUUGGAGGAGACGACUCGCACACUCCCAAAACUUGUACUCAAGGACACAGAACAAGACCUUUCACUGAUAGCUGAGUUAGAGUACAUGCUGGCAGACACCCCAACCGAGGAAUUGACAGACAGACAGGUAGCAGAGUACAAGGAGACCAUUGAGGAGAUCCAGAAAGUGAUCCGGGGUAAACUGGAUGGGGCAGGCUUCCAUGUACUGUGUGAUGCCAGCACGAUGCAGGACCCCGAGACGUACAAUCUCCAGUUUGUUAUCAAGAAUCCAGAAAUCCAGCUGUGCAUCUGGGGAAAUCUCAGCAAAAAUCCAAGGGUGAAGUCUUUUGAGUUCCGUGAUGUUGGCAUCACCUUUGACAUCCCACGUGUGCUCGCUCUGUCGGACUGUGCAUUCCGAGUUCUCAUGACAAAGUAUGACCACUUCUCCAUGUACAGCAAGACCUACAGUCCUCGCAUGAAGAAGAAAGAAGAAGUUGUUCCUGAACCAGUUGAGGAAGUAGAAGAAAAACCAGAGGAAGAGGAGGAAAAGAAGGAAGGAGAAGAGGGAGGAGAGGAGGAUGCAGAAGCAGGCAGGGAGGACACCGAGGACCUUAUGGCACAGCUGAGGAAGAUGGAAGCUGGGGAGGAGGAGGAGGAACAAGAUACAGAGAAGAAAGAGGAGGUUGAAGAAGAGGAAGAAGACUUUGAAGAUCCUCCAACACCAGAACCUCCUGAGUGGGAAGACUUCGAGGAAGAUGAUGAUGUUGUUGACCUGAGAGCCUAUAACGUCCUGGGCGGAGUUUUCAGUUUUGACCUCAUGGCCCUGCCUCCGCAGCCGAAACCCGUUAACAAUUGGACUAUUACUAGAUUGAUGAACCCUCCACAGAUCCAGCUGAUUGAUUAUGUGGCAGAGCUGCCUUCACUCGCUGCCACCAAUGGCCAGACAAAGGACCAGAAGGACACACAGACACAGGAGAAGGACAAACGAGAUGAGAAGCCUCCCAUAGCUGUCACCAUCAAGUUGCCAUCAGAUGUGAUGUUCCAGGAGGAGCCCCAGGUAGUUCGGUGGGAUGAAGACAAGAAACACUGGAGGCUGGACGGAUUCUCAGACAUUGUCUACAAUGAUGAGAGCCGGACGUUUGGUUUUAAGAUGUACAAGUUUGGCAUUAUGGCACUGAUACAGGAGACACACAUCAACAUGCCAUUCCAGUCUUGGGAGCUCCGUCCCCGGGCAGUCAACAAGGCCGUACUCUCCAUCAUUGCAGCCAUUGUGGAGCUGGAUAUUGAGAUAGAGAAUUCAAUGUGUUGUUUGAGCAGCUCGUUUGAAGAUCCAGCAUUGAGUCAUCUCAAGGGGCAGAUGAUGACUCCAACAGACUUGAUCCAAAGUUUGAGGAAAGCUGGUGUGAAUGUCUUCCCCUCUGAAGACUCCUCCAAGUACGUCAGCAUCCAGAACAAGCAUGCAGUGUUGGAGUCGCGGACGUAUGAGCAGAUAGCUCUUACUGCAUCAGCCAUGGCGUACUCCUGGUCCAAGUGGAACCAGGACAAGGAGAAGGACCAGAUAAUCUUCCAAGGCUCCGAACAUCUCAACAAUGAGCGGUUGUUGGAGGAGGACUGGACUCUGUUCCAGGCUAGCAAGAGACAGGUGAAGCAACUUACGAUGACAGAGUUUGAUGAGGUGUUCAGCGAGGAAUCAAAACAUCCAGGAACUUUCAAGUCAAAUCUGUACCAUCUGAUUGUGGACACAGCGUCCGAGGAAGCAAGGGACAGGAUCUUCAACUCCAGCUAUGAGUUUGUGGAUUGCGUUAAACAGUUACUGGAGGCAACCAAAGUACUGACUUACUCGUAAACUCUCAUUGUUAACUACUUCAAGCAGAGCUCUAUGUGCUCAGAAUCAAACAUCUAAAUGAAAACAGUAUCACAAAACGAUUGCAUCUUCCUAACAUUGACCAUGUCUGAGGAUUCAAAGUAUUCUUUGAUGUAUCACAACACUGAAAACUUGUCACGUCUCACAAAAUGAAGAACUUUCCAUUCGAUACAUAUAUGUUCAGUGGGACUUGUUUAUCACGUGAUGAAACUGGACAGAUUGUAUCAGUCAGUGCAGAACAAUAAAUAUUUAAUAUUGAGCUGUCAUGGGUGACUUUUUCACUUCAAUAAUAAGACAGAAAUACAUUUCAUAUAGUAUUAUUUGUACAUAUCAUGUUUAACUGUAUAAAGUUCACAAGUUGAUAUGA